AUUAAUAUGUAUAUGCUGACCCACUCCACUGGUUUUAUAAGAAAAAGUUGGGAGAUGACUUGGAGCGCAAUGCCUCUUCCAACAUAAAAGAAACCUAUCUGAGCAUAUCACAUCUAAUUAAGGACAACUUUACUCUCAGUUGAGUCUUCCUCAACAUCUCAUCAUCUCAAAUCUGUUCAUUUUCAACACUCAUAUAUGGAUCAGUCUUCCUUUAUUGGAGUCAUAUGGGAAGUUGUCAAGUGAUUUUGUGGCUGCGCCAAACAAGAAGCUGAUUUCCUCUUUGAUUUGAAAAACAAUCUGCAGAAGCUAGAAGAUUAGAGGAAAAGGCUUGAAGACAUUAAAAAAGAUAUGGAAGCACAAGAUGAAGAGGCUGAUAACAAUCCAGGAAUGAAAAUAUCACACCAACUCAGUGCUUGGCUGCAACGAGUUGAAGUCCUUCAACAGGAAACGAUAGAUAUAGAAGCUCGAGGAGCCUAAGAAGUUCAGAAUAAAUGCUUUAGUGAAAGGUGUCCAAAGGAUUGUAUGUCGAGCUACAAGCUGGGAAAGAUUGUUGCUAAGAUGCUCAAGGAUGUGGAUGAAAUGGCAACUGAGGGGAAAGGCUACAGUAAGGAUUUUCCAGUUGUUUACAAAGUACCAACCAACGCAAUUGAGAUACCUCUCAAUGAGACGGUGGGGUUGGAUUUGAUGUUUGAUAAGGUGUGGAAUAGUAUUGAAGUAGAGAAUGUUGGUGUGAUUGGUUUAUAUGGGAUAGGCGGGGUGGGAAAGACUACUUUAUUGAAGAAACUUAAUAAUGAACUUGAGAACAGAAGGUUGGAUUUUGAUGUUGUGAUGUGGGUGGUGGUAUCAAAAGAGCCCAACCUGGAUAGUAUUAUGGAUAAUAUUAGAAAACUGGUUGGGAUCAAAGACGACAUUUGGAAGACCUGCUGUAAUCCACGUGAAAAGGUAGCAAGGAUAUAUAGAGUCCUCAAACAAAAGAAAUUUUCCUUAUUAUUGGAUGACAUAUGGGAUACAUUAGACUUGAAAUUAGUUGGAGUGCCACAUCCAAAAGACACUAAAUGUCAAUCCAAAAUAUUAUUCACAACACGGUCAGAAGACGUGUGUGCAAAAAUGCAAGCUGAAAGAACAUUCAAGGUAGAAACAUUGACGGAGGAAGAAGCAUCAAAGUUAUUUUGCAUGAAAGUUGGUGAGGAAACUUUGAGGUCAAACCCUCACAUUCCAAAAUUAACUGAGAAGAUGGCUAAAGAAUGUAAAAGGUUACUACUUGCACUAAUCGUGAUAGGAAGUGCCAUGGCCGGAGUGAAGAGCAUGGAAGCUUGGGAACAUUCAAUAAAUAACUUAACGAGUUCUUCAUUAACUGCUCCAAAUUUGGAGGUGAAAGUAUUCUCUGUCCUUAAAUUUAGCUAUGACCAGUUGGAUAAGGUACAUAAAAGUUGUUUCUUGUACUGUGCAUCAUACCCAGAAGAUUGUGAGAUUAUGGUUCUCAAUCUCAUCAAUAAAUGGACGUGGGAGAAAUUUCUUUGUAAUGCCAUGAGAAAGAGUGUACAAGACAUGCGUGGUUAUGGGGAGACUGUUUUUGAAAAGUUGAAGCUUUCAUGCUUGCUAGAGGGUAUUGAAAAUGAUCUUUUUAUGACACAUGAUCAAGAUAUUGAAUACAUGAAGAAGAGAUGGCGAGUCUUGGAUGUAAUAGUCAGAGAAGAACGAAUAUUUGUGGAGAUUGGUGGUUUAGUUUCUCUUGAAUGUCUUACUUUGCUAAUGAUAGAUAUUCCAAGAGAAGAGUAUUUCAUGAAAUUGCGGUACUUGAAAAAUAUAAAGUUUCUUAGCUUGCGGGUAUUAGAUGUGUUGGAAUGGAAUAUUCCGUUGGGAGUGUCGCUUCCAAAUAUUGAGGAAGUAUGGAUAGGAAUAAGGAGUUUAGAUGGUCGCCACAAAUUAUUCAAGUCAAUCAAAUUGCAAAGUUGCAUAUACAACCUUUCUAUUGAUUGCACAUAUUUGCAGAAUCUCGCUUCAUUAUUAGCAUGCAUGUCAAAAAUGAAGCACCUGCAAGAAAUUAAGUUGUAUUCGUUGGAUUGUAUUGGAAGCACGGAAUAUUCUUUUGUUAUCGAUACAUGUUGCCUAAACAAGCUCCGAAGCGUGACAAUAUGUGCAUGUCAAGGAGUAACUCAUGCGACAUGGCUCAAGCAUGCUCCUCUCCUUCAAGAACUUAGCAUUCAAGGAUGUAGGUCAAUGGAAGAGGUGAUCAAAGAAGAAGCAGCAACAAAGGAUGAGAAUAUUGAGGAUUCCUCUUUAUUCUUUUCUCUCGUCACUCUCACUCUAGAGGGCUUGCCAAGUAUUAAGAGCAUCCACAAGGCAACCUUGCCUUUUCCUUCCCUCAAAUCCAUUAGAAUAUAUGAUUGUCCAGAGCUGAAAAAGUUACCACUUGAUUCCAAUUCUGCCAAACUCAAGUUGACACUCAUCCAAGGACCAGAAAGUUGGUGGAACAAUCUGGAAUGGGAUGACCACGCGGCCAAGCAGAUAUUCCAAUCCAAGUUCAAAGCUUAUUUAGCUUCCGAGUUUUUGGUCAGAUGUAGAUGCAUUAUUACGAGCUCUGCUUUUCAUUACUUUUCUUCCUUAGUGUGGCUUAGCUUUUCCACUCAAAAAUAAAAGUAAACAUGUGUGUUCCAUGCAUAUGAUUCCUUAGUCAA